AUGUGCGACAGAAUCGGGAGCUUGUGCUGGCUGAUGUACGUGGCUUACAUUUCAACGUCCAGCUCUACAGAGCUCACACAUGAUCAGACGACUUCAAGAGCUAACACUCUCUUUGACGAUGCUGACGAUAUUCAAAAGCAACUGGAGAUUGAGGCUAAAAACCGAUUUGUAUACGGAAGUCCCAAAGCAAUAUGGGUGUUUCAUUUACCACCGAAAUUUCCCGAAGGACCCGCUGUGACUCGACAACUAAGCUAUAAUUAUUUGUCGAAACCUGACGCUAUAACUCAGCGAGCGAUGUUUAACGCGGAUGCUACGUACGAUUGGGAAUAUGCAGAACAAAACAAUUGGUGGAAGAAGUACCCUCAAUGCGGUGGUAGAUCCCAGUCUCCAGUCGACAUACCAGUUAAAGGACUAAUAAAGGCGCGGAGAGGCCGACCGCUGCUCUUUUGCAACUACGAUGUGUCACCCGAAAAUAUGACAUUAAUUAAAGACGGAAGGAGAGUGACCCUCACGGGAUUCUGGGAUCCGAAACAUCGUCCGUUAUUACACGGCGGCGCAGCUCACAGCCAUCGCUACGUGUUCUAUUCGCUAUCCCUUCACUGGCCCUCUGAACACACAAUAGGGAACCUGCAAUACCCGUUGGAGAGCCAAGCUCUCCAUAUAUCGGCGGAGUACAACACGCUUGAUGAAGCCGUUGCCGCGUCUAGGCGGGACCCAUUGGCGAUGCUCGGAAUAGCCAAUUUAUAUAAGUUUGCCAACAAAACACAGAAGGGACUCAAGAUAUUAAUCGAAGCAGCGUCGCGGGUGACUUUGAAACGCAAAGGGUUGCCGACGAAGCCUUUGAGCUACUUCAAUCCGCCCUUCAAGGAAUAUUCGUGUUACCACGGCUCUCUGACCGCGCCUCCGUGUACGGAAGCGGUGCUGUGGUUCGUCAGAGCGAAGGCUUUACCCGUUCAAAGAGAAGCAGUUGAGUCCAUACGUCAAAUCCUGAUUUCUGAUGAAAAGAGAAAAUCGUAUUCCCGCCAACCACAGCCUUUGAAUGACAGAAAAGUGUACUUCUUCAAUUAA